AUGUUGGCGUCUACUGAUCCGAGACAAAACAACCCGUUGAAUACGGGUUUAGGUCCGAGCAUGGCGUUGCAGCCGGGGUGCCCGCCGGGGUUCGGUUGCAGGCCGCUGCCGCUGGCGCUGGCGGCGCCGCCCCUCCCUGCCGUCCAGGUGCCGCACGUGGUGUACGCCCAAGCAGUCUACGAGCCUGUCGUCCACGACCACCCGCCCAUACACAGAAUACGUCAACUAAUUGAAGCGGACAAGAGGAGAAGACGGAAAAAGCCGAGACAUUCAAGUGAAAGUUCAUACAGCGACACUAGCGGACCGUCCAGUAACUCUGACUCUGAUUAUUAUCGA